CUUCACAAUACAUCUAUCCUUGGGACCUCGACAUUACCUUGACUUAUUUUCGGCCCGUUCAUCCGACCAACCAGAUAAGCGAAGGCACUUCCCCAUCUGCUCGCUACCAAUCCCACCUACAUCUUGGGGGAUCUGUUCGGCAACACUUCAUAUACGUUGUCUCAGGUGCCUCUUAGACACCUGACGGCCCACAAUGUCGGUCUUCUCUUUAAUCAAACGAAGCCGGCAAGCAGCAAAGGAACAGAACGCAAAGAAUGCCCAAAAGGACAAGGCAGAGGCCAAGGUCCCAUACAAACACAUACCCAGGCAUGCCGCCCUCGAUGCUCUCAUGGGUGGUCCAACGGGCUGGAAGGAGGCCGAUCGACUCAGAAUCAUGGAGGAGAACCGAAGGAGGAGUGUCAUGACAGCAAACGGCAUGGGUAUGCCGAGCGGACUCUCAACUCCAGUCCACGCCGGUGUCUUUACGCGCGCCAACAGCAGCCUCACGCACGUUUCAUAUAACAACCCCAGCGGCUACGCCACACCCGUCCCUCCAAUUCCCCGAGCAUACAGCUACCACGGCUCGGUCCCGGGGUGGAGCCAUCAUGGCGGUGAAGUCAGCUAUCUCUCGAUCGAUAUGGCUGGAGCUGCCAGCAGUGGAACAUCGAUAAAGGGAAAAGAAAAGGAACUUCGGCGUCCCAAGCUCGACUCCGGCCGUGCCAGCUGGUCUUCAAGCAGGCUUGCAGCAACUGGUGGACGAAUUCACUUUGAAGGAGGAUCUGGCUCUGCCCCUCGAACCAGGGACAGCUCGAAUUCCCCCGUCCAGAGCUCCAGCAACUCCAGCAGCUCAGAAGACGAUUUGGAGAUCACGCCCGUGAGGAAAUUUACCAGCGCAGUGACAACCUCAAGUCCGCUCGCGGGACUACCCAGCCGGCGGACAAGCGACACCGACUCUGUUCACCGUCUCCAUCCCGGUCAUGCCCGAAAUGUGUCAAACUCAUCAUACAAACAAGCCGGACAUUCCUCAUCGCCCAGUCAGUCAUCCCCAAAGAGUAGUCCGACCAAAGUAGGAGGAGGUUUAACCAGCAGCAGCGCUUCACUGAGUGCCGCCGGCAUCCCACCCGUUCCAGCAAUCCCUCCCAUGCAAUUCGGCGGAACCCUCGCCCUUCCCACAGCUUCCUCUUCGCACAAGAAUUCGCACCCCAUCGCACCAUCCGUGGUGGUAGAAGAAGAUGGCCCAGACUUCUCAGAAGACAACAGCUUUCAAUCCUCCACCGGCACCGGCGCCGUUACUUCCCCCAUUGGCACCGCCGUCUCAACGGUUCACACAGCAAACACUACCGCCGAGCUGGAACCGAUGCAAUCCAACAUCGUCUCCAACAUCAGCGACAACAGUAAAACCCCGUACAGGACGUACUCCAGCCAAAAGGAACGGUCGUCCGUCGCUGUUAGCGCUCUACCCACCUCGUUUGACGAAGCGAGCUUGGCGAUUCCCCAGCAAUUGGUGACGCUUCCGCAGCACCAGGCAACUGGGAAGUUGGGGAAACGGCCAAAGAAGAUUUCCAAGGAGGAGGGGGAAGAAAGGGGAACUAAGGUGCCGAAGAAGAGUCGAUGGAGCUUUAUGAGUAACAGGAGGACGGCUGUUGCGGUAUGACAGC